AUGGUAGCCGCAUGCUGCGGCCACAUCGGCGGUCAUGUGCCAGUGCUGUACCAGGACAUCUCCCCACAAGUGUACUGUGGACGAGCUCUCGCCAGAAGCUUGGCGCUAUUGUGCUAUGAAGGACCUAUGAAUGAGAAGAGAUCGGAAAUUGGGACUAUGUAUAAUGCACUCCUCCCUCCAUACUACAAAGAAAGUGACGAAGACAUCAGCAAUGAAAGCGGUUGGUGGGUACCCCUUCACAAGGCUAGAAGCAUGAGUCUUCCAUCACGAAACAAACGCUUAGUCGUCAGCGAGUGCUGCGAUAAGCCUUGCAAAAUCAGUGAACUAAUGGCGUAUUGU